GGAAGAUCCACCCCCGUGUCCGUGCCCGUGUCCUCCCUCCCUUCCUCCCUCCCUCCUCUUCCUCCCUCCUCCUCCUCCUCCGCCGCCGCCGCCGCCGCCCGUGCUCCCGCCGCCGCCAGCCGGGCAGCGCGGGCGGGCCGGGGGCUGCGCUGCCGGGUGGGGGGGGUCCCGCAAGGGCUUGGGGGGGGAAGGUCUGGGCACUUGGGCUGGAAGUUGGCGGCACGAUGGGGAACGAGCGCUGGAAAACCAUGGGAGGAGCCUCGCAACUUGAGGACGGGCAGCAGGAGAAAUCGCAGAGGAUGAGCUGCGGGUACAUCCUGUGCACCGUCCUGCUCUCGGUGGCUGUCCUCCUGGCGGUGACGGUGACAGGGGCCAUCCUCUUCAUGAACCACUACCACACACCCGUCACCGAGUCGCCCCCCGUCAUCAGCACCAACCCCGAGGAAGCCAACGCGCUGGUCACCAUCGAGAAAGCCGACAGCUCCCGCAUCAACAUCUUCAUCGACCCCAACUGCCCCGACGCGGCAGGCACCUUCGGGCGCCUGGAGGGGCUGCAGACGUCCCUGCUGCGCGCCAUCACCGACCACGACGCCGAGGCCAAGGCCACCAAGAACCAGCAGAAGGCCCUGCUGGUCACGGUGGCGGACGAGGUGGCCAAGCUGCUGACACAUGCCGUGCAGCUGCGCGCCGACUGCGACGGCCUCAAGAAGGGGCACAGCGCCAUGGGGCAGGAGCUCAGCGCCCUGCAGGGAGAGCAGGGCAGGCUCAUCCAGCUGCUCUCAGAGAGCCAGACCAACAUGGCUCGGCUGGUGAGCUCCGUCAGCGACGUCCUCGACACGCUGCAGAAGGACCGUGGUGGUGCCCGGCCCCGGCCCAAGGCCGACCUGCAGCGAGCGCCGGCCAGGGGAGUGCGGCCACGGGGCUGCUCCAACGGCUCCCGGCCCCGAGACUGCUUUGACAUCUACAUGAGCGGACAGCAAGAAGACGGGGUUUACUCCAUCUUCCCCACGCACUAUCCCUCUGGCUUCCAGGUCUACUGUGACAUGACAACCGACGGGGGCGGCUGGACGGUGUUUCAGCGGCGGGAGGAUGGCUCCGUCAACUUUUUCCGCGGCUGGGAAGCCUACCGGGACGGCUUCGGGAAGCUGACGGGAGAGCACUGGUUAGGGCUGAAGCGGAUCCACGUGCUGACGGUGCAGGGCAGCUACGAGCUCCGCAUCGACCUGGAGGACUUCGACAACGGCACCGCCUUCGCCCAUUACGGCAGCUUCGGCGUGGGGCUCUUCUCCGUCGACCCUGAGGAGGACGGGUACCCUGUCUCCAUCGCCGACUACUCGGGGACAGCAGGCGACUCCUUCCUGAAGCACAACGGGAUGAAGUUCACCACCAAGGACCUGGACAACGAUCACUCGGAGAACAACUGUGCGUCUUUCUACCAUGGGGCCUGGUGGUACCGCAACUGCCACACCUCCAACCUCAAUGGGCAGUACCUCAAGGGCCACCACAGCUCCUACGCCGACGGCAUCGAGUGGUCCUCCUGGACCGGCUGGCAGUACUCCCUCAAGUUCACCGAGAUGAAGAUCCGGCCUGUCCGGGAGGAGAAUUAGCUGGAUGGCAUGAGCCCCCCCACCCCGUGCCCAGCCCCCUGCCCUUCCCCAUCACCCCACAGCCCCGUCCCCCCAGCUGCCACCCUCCCCAUCCUCACCAAGGGCUGGCCCAUCUUCAAGGUGCCCCGGGGGAGCACCUGUCCCCAGCAAGGGUGGCUUUAGCUCCCGGGCAUCCACGGACAUCACUGGACCGUUGCUUCCUACUGCCAUGGCUCCCCUGCAGCCAAAACAGGUCUCCUGGCCAGAGCGUGACCCACGGCCGGUGCUCACGGCUGCGACAGAGGGCAGCGGCGUGCAGGGAUUUGGCAAGGAAGGGAAAGGGCUGCCUGGAGGGA